GGCGUUGGUAGGAGAAAAGCAUCUGUACCAGGAUGUCAAGUAAGGAAGUGAAGACUGCUCUAAAAAGUGCUAGAGAUGCAAUCAGAAACAAAGAAUACAAAGAAGCUUUGAAACAUUGUAAGACGGUGUUAAAACAAGAGAAAAAUAACUAUAAUGCCUGGGUUUUUAUUGGUGUUGCUGCAGCCGAGCUAGAGCAACCUGAUCAGGCCCAGGGUGCCUAUAAGAAAGCUGCUGAACUAGAGCCAGACCAAUUACUAGCAUGGCAGGGGUUAGCAAGCUUAUAUGAGAAAUGUAGUCACAUAAAUGCUAAGUAUGACUUACCUAGUGUUUACCAGAAGCUCUUGGAUCUCUAUGAAAGUGUUGAUAAACAGAAGUGGUGUGAUGUGUGUAAGAAACUUGUGGAUCUGUAUUACCAAGAAAAGAAACAUGUAGAGGUGGCCGAACAUGGCACAAGUUGAUAAAGACACGGCAGGAAGAAGGUGCAGACAACCCAAGAGCUUCAUCAGCUAUGGAAGAAAUUGACUCACUUGCUGGCUGAUAGUACUGAGGAUCAGAAUAAUGAAACUCAGCAAUUGUUUUUAACUGCUUUUGAGAAUGCACUAGGCUUAUCAGAUAAGAUUCCUAGUGAAGAUCACCAGGGACUUUACAGACAUUUCAUUCAGUGUUUAUCCAAA